AUGAAGCCUUUGAGACAGCCAGUGCGGGGAAAUAAAAAAUCCACUAUUCAACCAGUGGUAGUCACCACUGAAAAUAAAAUUAUUCCAAAAGUUUCCGAGCGAACAAAACGAAAGAGGCGAGAAGAAAGAGAACGCAGAUUGAAACCGAGUAUAUGCUCGAGUACUCUAAACAUAUGUGGUGUUGCUUGUCUCUAUAUUUUCUUAGUUCUGUGCGUUCUUAUUGGAGUUGGUGGAAUAGUGGUUUGUGCUAUAUAUUUAAAUGCGGACCCUAAUACACAAAUCUGGAAGAUUAUUGGCAUUGUCCUAGGUGCUGUGAUAUGUCUGAUUGGAAUUAUUCUUAUACUUAUUAGCAUAUUCAAACAAACACGUAAUCGAUCAUGGAAACUGACCAAAGAAGAAACUCUUGUUGAUCACGAUACAUAUUAUACUGAUGAUGUCGAAGACUUAGAUAUCAAGGAUGUCGAUACGAAUCCAAGAGAUAUUCGAGAAAUGCAAGAAACAGCUUCAUCACCCAUACAAUUUCCAUCAUACAGUCCAACGAAAGCAAUAUCUACUGAAUCUAUUUUUCUACCCGAACAUACCUCAGUUGCAGUUCAAACUGAAGAAAAUCCACCUGCCAAAGCAAAAACACAUACAAUUAUUGAUCGAUCAAAGAAACCUUCGACAACAAUUGAAACUCAAACAAAAGUGAACUCAGAUUCAACAGACACGAUUUUCUUUCGACGUGUACCGGUUCCAACAGCAAAAGUUGUCGUUCAACAACCUCCAACAAAAGUAAUGAUCGUUCGAGUACCAAACACAGCUGGUGAAUUGAUUCUUCAACAUUCAAGAGAACUAUCAAUGAAUGACAGAAAAUAA